UAGAGAGCGAAACGAGUCUUCUUCUACUCUACUCUCCAUCUCUUUUAACCCUCACCAACCCUCCCUCUCCGUCGAUCCCUCCGCUGCCUGAUAACUCCGAUUUAACCUUCUCUUAGCAUCCUUCUUCAUGCGGAUUACCCCAGUUUCGAGCUGAAUCGUCGUCGUGAAUGGGUCAGAAGAAAAAACCCCUCGCGUCUCGCUCCAAACAACCGCUGCCUCCUUCUUCGGCGGCAGAGGCUGAGUCGACUGAGGCUUCCGCUUGUACCUUCCACGAAGGCGGGGUUUCUGGAACCACCGCGACGGCGGCUAAUGCGGAGCCGCCGUCGUCCGAUUCGGCUGCUAUCAAGCUCGAGUGCGAGAAGGCGCUAUCCUCGCUCCAGAAAGGGAGCUACAACAAGGCGAUUCGGCUCAUGAAGGAAUCGUGCGCUCGCCACCAGCACUCCGCCCUAAUCCACCGCGUCCAGGGGACCGUCUGCGUCAAGGUCGCCUCCGUCUACGAGGAUCUAGCCACGAAGCAGAAGCAUCUCCGCAGCGCCAUUGAAUCCGCUAGAAAAGCUGUGGAGCUGUCGCCCAACUCCAUCGAGUUCGGCCAUUUCUACGCUAACUUGCUCUACGAGGCGGCUAACGAUGGGAGAGAGUACGAGGAGGUCGUGCAGGAGUGCCAUCGAGCUCUCUCCAUCGAGAACCCUAUCGAUCCCGCUAAGGACAGUCUCCAGGUUGAGAACCAGCAGAAGAUAUUGACCCCUGAGGGUCGUAUUGCUAACGUGCAGGAAGAGCUUAGGUCGCUGGUGCAGAAGUCGAAUCUUGGUUCGUUGUCCACUCUGAUGAAGCACCUGGGGAAUGGGGAAGAUAACUUUCGGUUUUUCCCCGUUAGGAGGAUGGUUGAGGACCCUAUUGAGAGUAGCUUGGUUCAGACCAGGAGGCCGAACGAGAUUAAGAAAGCUAACAAGACUCCUGAAGAGUGGAGGAAGGAGAUUGAGGUGAGGGUGGCUGCAGCUAGGUUGUGUCAGCAGAAGUCAGAGUCUUCCUCUUCGGAUAAUGUCAACAGCAAAGGAUCAGAUCCAACACUAGGCGCGGGUCAGAGAAGCGGGGAGAGGAGAAAGCAUGGAAAUGCUAAGAAAAACAGCUCCACAGACGGGAGAAGGGAUCGGGCUAGGCUAUAUUGGGAGUCUACGAGCAAACAAAAGAAACAAGAGUUGCUUAGAGUUAAGCUCAGUGAUCUUAAGAGUCACUUUAGUCCGUCAAAGGAUGGACAAGCAAAUGAGAUUAUUACUGAAGCUUUGUCCUUUUACGAGGCUAAUAGAACUUGGAGGUUCUGGGUUUGCUACGGGUGUAGUGAAAAGUUCAUGGAUUGUGAGGCUCAUCUGCAGCAUAUUGUGCAGGAGCACAUAGGUAACGUUUUACCUAAGACGCAAAUGGUUUUACCUCAAAGCCUCAAUAGCGAGAUGAUCGAGAUGCUUCUUAGUUCCCCAUGGAAACCAUUGGAUCUCCCUGCUGCUGCGAAAUUGCUUUGGAGCCAGCAGAAAAUCCAAAGUACUGAGCAUAAUGAGUUUCACACUAGAGAUAAUAUGGAAGAUGGUGACGACUGCUUCGAGGAUGCCCGGAAUGAUACGUCACCAGAGAAAGAAAAUUUUGGAGAUGCUUGCAAAGGUUGUGAUGAGAAUGGGUCUGAAGAGGGUAAGAUGUCAAAUCCGUUUCAUCUUCCUGAUGGAUGGCCGAUAUCUGAUGAUUCUGAACGUACAAAGCUCCUUGCAAAAAUCCGCGGAGCCUUUGAGCUACUUAUCAGACACAACUAUUUAGCUGCCAGCCAUUAUGAUAAGGUCAUACAGUUUACUGUGGAUGAACUCCGGCAUCUACCCUCGGUUUCGCAGUUCUUAAAUCGUGGUUUGGCUCAGUCACCCAUAUGCAUUUGCUUUUUGGGAGCUAUUCAGCUCAGGAAAAUUCUCAAAUUCCUGCAAGACUUGUCACAGGGCUGUGGGUUGACUCGAUAUUCUGAUCCAACUAACCCAAGCGAUGAAGUUAGUAAUUUUGGCGACCUGGUUCUUGAAGUUACGGAGGAGAUUCGUCUUGAUAGUGAAGAUACAUGUCUUCUUCUGGAUGAAAAAUUUCUUGGCACUGAGUGCAUCCAAGAGAAGUAUAUGGGGUCAGCAUUGAAUAACAGAGCUAUAGCAAGUUUUGGAGAUAUAGCUAAUGGCAACGAUGUAUCUUCUGGUGAGGAUGGAUUUCUUUCAUGGAUCUUCACAGGACCCUCUAGCGAGGAACAAAUUGUGUCGUGGAUGCGCACAAAGGAAGAGAAAAAUAAGAAAGGACUGGAGAUCAUGAAGACUCUUGAGAAGGAGUUCUGUCACUUGCAGAACCUCUGGGACAGGAAAUGCGAGCACUUAAGCUACGAGGGAGCACUGCAGACUGUUGAAGACCUUUGUCUUGAAGAAGGUCGGAAGAGGGAGACUUCAGCAGAGUUUACCCACGAAAGCUAUGAAUCUGUACUCAGAAGGCGAAGAGAAGAGCUGAUUGAGAGUGAACAUGAAUUGAUGUUCAUCAGUAGUAGGUUUGAGGUAGAUGCUAUAACAAAUGUCUUAAAAGACGCAGACUCUCUUAACCAUAAUCAAUUUGGAUAUGAAGAAUCAUAUGCCUGCACGAGUUCUCAUCUACGUGAUCUGGAAUCUGGUGAAGAAGUUGAUGAAUGGGGGAUUAGAGAUUCCUUUCGUGAGGUUGAUAGUUUCAUAGAGACUGCGAUCCAGAAACAAAAGGAAAAUUUGGCUGCAGAGCUUAACAAAAUCGAUGCAAGAAUGAUGCACAGUGUUACUGGGGUACAGAAAUUAGAGAUAAAGCUUGGACCUGCUUCCUACAAUAAUUAUCAAAUAGUACUGUUACCCUUGGUGAAGUCCUACAUGCGGGCACAUUUGGAGGCAUUGGCAGAUAAAGAUGCCACUGAGAAGUCUGAUGCUGCAAGUGAAGCAUUACUCGUGGAGCUCGCUCUUGAUUCUAAGAAGGAGGCUCGGGGAAGAAAUGAUAAUCCGAAACACACACAGGAAAAGUCCAAGGAGAAGAAAAAGAAUAAAGACACCAAGAAACUGAAGGAAUUAAAGGCUUCUCUUGGAAACGACCAUCGCUUCCAUGUUGAUUCAGUUGAACACAGCCUCCCUUCGAUUGCAUCUUUUGGCGAUCCCUCAGAGGCUGACGUAGUACCUGAAGCUGUUGAAGCUUUAAAACAACAGGAAGAGGAAUACAGACGCCGAAUAGAGCUAGAGCUAGAGGAAAUAAAGCUUGAAAAAACUCUGGAAUAUCAAAGAAGAAUUGAGAAUGAAGCUAAGGAGAAGCAUAUUGCAGAACAACAAAAGAAAUUCAGCCCUUUAGUUCCAAUGAAUGCUGCAGAAGAAGUGUAUGAUGUUUGCAGAGAUAAUGUCGUUGAUGGUUUAGAUCUACAAGAGCAAGAAAAAAUCGAGAACCGGGUUCAAAGAAAUGGACUACCUCAUGACUUGGAAGGAACCCGAGUGAAUACAAAUGGUGGUUUUCCGUCAACAAAUCAUUGUGUGAUAUCUGAUGCUGUAACGGUUCAGGAUAUGAAAUCCCAAAAAGUGGCUAAUGGGGUAUCUACUCCAGAUGGUGUUUUCCAAUCUGAUCAACGCACUGGGAGGAGGGGUAGACGCCAAAAAACUUCUAACAAGUUAGCUGGACCAUCUGAGAGUAUAAAUAGUGAAUCUCAUAGGUCAGGCACCGACAAGGAGACAAAAUCUGAAAGUCUACGUAGCAAUGGUGAUGCGGGAACAAAGACAUUAAGACAAUUACAAGCUGAAGAGGAUGAAGAAGAAAAGUUUCAAGCUGACCUCAAAAAGGCAGUGCGUCAAAGCCUUGACGCGUACCAAGGAGGUAGAAAUAUGACGUCAUGUUUGAGGACACCUCUGGAUGUAAGCAGUGAUGGGGUUUCUGAUGUCACAAAGGAGUCUCAGAGCUCGACCGAAGUUGUCAUAUUUGGUACAGGUCUUCAGAAUGAAAUUGGGGAAUACAAUUGCUUUUUGAAUGUUAUCAUACAGUCUCUAUGGAAUCUGAGGAUGUUUCGGGAUGAAUUCUUACGGAGCUCAACGCUAGAGCACCAUCACGUGGGAGAUCCUUGUGUUAUCUGCUCAUUGUAUGAAGUUUUUACUGCUUUAAGCGCUGCAUCGAAGGAAAUGCAAAAAGAACCAGAACCUGUAGCUCCUUCUUCUCUCAGGAUUGCGUUGAGUAACUUGUAUCCAGAUAGCAGUUCCUUCCAGGAGGCUCAGAUGAACGAUGCUUCAGAAGUAAUGGCUGUGAUUUUCGACUGUCUUCAUCGUGCAUUUUCUCAAAGCUCAAGUGUGUCUGACACAGAAUCGUCUGAGAGCAACUGUACAGGUUCAUGGGACUGUGGCAACCGCACAUGUAUCGCCCAUUCGCUGUUUGGAAUGAAUAUUUUUGAGCAACUGAACUGCUACAGCUGUGGGCUGGAGUCCAGGCAUAUGAAGUACACUUCCUUUUUCCAUAAUAUCAACGCUAGUGCCCUACGGACCAUGAAGGUUGCCUGCGCUGAGAAUUCAUUUGACGAUCUUUUAAACCUUGUCGAGAUGAACCACCAACUAGCCUGUGAUCCUGAUGCUGGUGGGUGUGGGAAACCCAACCAUAUCCGCCACAUUCUCACCACUCCACCACAUGUUUUCACUACAGUUUUAGGGUGGCAAAACUCAUGUGAGAGUGUAGAAGACAUAGCAGCUACGCUCGCAGCCCUAAAUACCGAGAUAGACAUCAGUAUCAUGUACCGUGGUCUGGACCCAAAGAGUACCUAUAGCUUAGCUUCUGUGGUAUGCUAUUACGGACAGCAUUAUCAUUGCUUUGCAUAUAGUCAUGAACACGUUCGGUGGAUCAUGUUCGAUGACAAAACCGUGAAGGUGAUUGGUAGUUGGAGUGAUGUGCUUUCUAUGUGUAAGAAAGGACACUUGCAGCCACAGGUUCUUCUCUAUGAGAAGAAACAACGUUAGAUCAAAAAGAAAAUGGUAAAAAAAAAAGGACACACAGAGCAAGUGGAGAUGGGUUGCUACAGUUUAGGAGAUCUCCCAAGUACAUACUACAAAGGAAGUAAGUACUUUUUUUUUGACAAUCAGAGCGAGGAAGAACUGUGAUUUACUCAUCACUCAUCAGUGGUUCAAAGAGGAUGGGGAAGAAGAUUUUGUCUUUUUAAGUGUUUUCUUUGCAAGAGAUCUUACAAGAUAGUUUGCUUAGGUAAAAUCAUUAUCACAUUUAAGGAUUAUAUGGUCGUAAAAAUCUAUGCAAUUUCUUUUUCAUUUUCA